AUGGCAGUGAUCAAGCAGACCUGCCUACUUCUGCUCCUUGGGGUUUGGGCUGGCGUAUUGCUCGGCAGCUGCUACGUCAAUUCACAGAUGACGGGAGGCUGGACAGAGCAGGAUCCGCAAAGGAGCUCCACGUACCUGAAGCUUGCCCACUACGCGGUCUCCACGCAAACCAAGGGGAGGACGGUGUACGACACGGUCGUCAAGCUCACUAAUGCCGCCACACAGGUUGUUGCAGGGAUUAACUACAAGCUAACAUUUGUUACGGCACCGUCAAUCUGCAAGAUCCGUCACGUCGCUUAUUCGGCGGAGAAGUGUCUUCCUGCCGGACCGGCGAACAAGAAGUGUACGGCGAUCAUCUACAUUGCUGCUGCGGCGAAUGCUAAGCAAGUUUCCAGCUACACCUGCUUCAGCCUGACAGGUAAAGAAUUUAUUGAAGGCUUCAGCAAGGUCAUCACCAGUGAGAACGUGGUUGUCUACAAUGAGGUGCCGGAGAGGACUUUUGCAGACCUCUACAGAGACAACAAGACCGGCAUCAUCGCCGAGACUGGUACAACUGCUGCAGUCAGCAUCUCAGCCGGUAUCCGACAGGGUUGCCCAUUGAGCGGCCUGUCGUUCAACCUGGUGCUCGACCCCGUCAUACGGGCGGUUCAAGGAGGUGAAAAGCAGCACAACGUGUUCGCCUACGCCGAUCUGGCGUAG